AUAUGAGACUUGGACCUGUAGAACAUGGACAUUAUCAAACAUGGUCUCUCCAGCUUGUUACUAUUUCUGCUCUGGAACAAAGGUCUUAUUGAUGGGAGUGAUGUCAACCAGACACCCAUACUGUGGAGAAAACAGGGUGACAAUGCAACAAUACACUGCAACCACACUAAGGGCACCUACUACAACCAGAUGUACUGGUACAGACAGCUGCCAGGAGAAACAAUGAAGCAAAUUGUGUUCACAACAACAGCCACACCAAAUCACGACUUUGGAGAUUUCAGCAAAGACAAAUUUUCAGCCACUAAGCCUGAUGCUGAGACUGGAACAUUCACAGUGAAGAAUGUGGAGCCUGGAGAUAAAGGCUUGUAUUUCUGUGCUGUAAGUGAACACAGUGAUACAGACACAUGUCUUAUUGAUGGGAGUGAUGUCAACCAGACACCCAUACUGUGGAGAAAACAGGGUGACGAUGCAACAAUACACUGCAACCACACCAAGAGUGUUGAGUACAACCAGAUGUACUGGUACAGACAGCUGCCUGGAGAGACAAUGAAACUAAUUGUGUUCACAACAACAGUCAAACCAGACCAUGACUUUGGAGAUUUCAGCAAAGACAAAUUCUCAGCCACUAAGCCUGAUGUUGAGACCGGGACAUUCACAGUGAAGAAUCUGGUGCCAGAGGAUAAAGGCUUGUAUUUCUGUGCUGUAAGUGAACACAGUGAUACAGACACAUGUGAGAGCUGA